CUGAGGUUAUAACCCUUUAAGAGUGAACCUGUCCAGCUAGACUGUGGCUCGCUACGAUUACUCAUAUUGGAAUUUGCGUGUCUUCACCUGAGCCGUUAUGGACUCUGGGCCUAAAAGGCCGAGCUCGGACCUGCGCAAGGUGCGCUCACGCGACGCAGCCCGCUGUAGGCGGAGCCAGGAGACGGAGGUGUUCUACGAGCUGGCCCACUCCCUGCCACUGGCCCGCCGCGUCACCUCCCACCUGGACAAAGCUGGCAUCAUGAGAGUGACCCUCAGUUACCUGCGCAUGCGGCAGCUCCUGCACCCCCCGGCAGUCAAGGUGGAACCAGGGACGGUGGUGGAUGAGGACCCCACGGACACCUUCUACCAGCAGGCUCUGGCCGGCUUCGUUCUAGUGAUGACCGAAGAAGGAGACAUGGUCUUCCUCUCCGACAAUGUCAGCAAGUUCGUAGGUAUCAACCAGAUGGAUCUGCUCGGACAGAGCGUGUAUGACUUCAUCCACCCUUGUGAUCAAGAGGAGUUGAGAGACCUGCUCACCACCAAACCAGGCCUCUCCAAGAAGAAGGUGGAGAGGUGUACGGAGUGCAACUUCUUCCUGCGGAUGAAGAGCACCCUCACAAGCCGCGGCAGGACCGUGAACAUCAAGGCCGCCGCCUGGAAGGUGCUUCACUGCAAAGGCCACAUCCAGACAUUCAGCAGUAACGCGGAGGGCUCCUCCCCCGUCGGAAGUUACGUCAUCCUGUUGUGUGAGCCCAUCCCCCACCCAGGCUGCGUGGAGUUCCCCCUGGAUAGUAGCACUUUCCUCACACGCCACUCCAUGGAGCUGAGUUUCACACAGUGCGACGGCCGGGUGACUGAGCUUGUUGGAUACCAACCCGAAGAGCUGAUUGGCCGAUCUGCCUAUGAGUUUUUCCAUGCGCUGGAUUUUGAUCAUGUGACAAAGAGCUUGCACAUCUUGCUCACCAAAGGUCAGGUAUGCACCAACCAGUACCGUUUCCUCGCCAAGAACGGAGGUUUCGUAUGGGCUGAGACACAGGCCACCAUUCUCUACAACAGCAAGACCUCCCAGCCCGAGGCCGUGGUGUGCCUCAACUUUAUACUCAGCGGGGUGGAGCAGGCGGACGUGGUGUUCUCCGUGGAGCAGACACGGAGUGAGCAGACGGCUCCGAGCCCGGCCGUGAUGGAGGUGGAGGACUUGCAGGACCGGCUGAGCGACUGCGGCAGCGACUGCAGCAGUUCUGAGCUCUUCCACACGCUGAAGGACAAUCCCAAGGACCUGCUCCGGCUGGCACCAGCCCCAGGCGACGCCGUCAUACCGCUGACAGAGGACACAGAUUUGUCUUUCGGCCCACCGGCCAGUCCCAACGGCAUGCCCAAAUCCCCCAAAGACCUUUGCUCCCCCAGACUGCGCCAGCUCCUCGCGCCCAUCUUCGACUGCCCAUCCCCGGGCUCACCGGUACUGAGCUCCGGUGAGGAGUCACCCAUGGACACCGGCGACGUGGAGAAGUUCUUCGCCCUUAAACCGGAGGAGAGCACGUCUCCGAAAGGGCCGAUGGAGGAUAUGGACGAGAUGGAUUUGGAAAUGCUAGCGCCGUACAUCUCCAUGGACGAUGACUUCCAGCUGACCUUCCUACCCCAGUUCCCCGAGGCAGAUGAAGUACCAAGCGCAGCUUCGAGAAAAAGGGGUCUGAUGGAAGACAAGGAUUUGCCCUCUCUAGCCACCAGCUGGGAGAAGAGACAAAAGAACAGUUCCAUAGAGGAGGGGCUACUGCUUAGUCAUGGCUCUCUGACGGGCCUAUUGGACGGUCCAGACGAGCUGGAGCCCGUGUCUUGGAAGUCGAGCCAGCUGCUGACAGACCUAGACCCCGUGCUGGGAGGGACACAGACAGUGUGCGAUACCGCAGCUCUCAUGAGAGAUGCGUUCUUAUCGCGAUCGCCGGAUUUAAUGAGCCAGGUAGCUGGGACAAUAUCCCUCACCUGAGAAGGGGGAGCGUGGAUCAUGAAGCUACAAUCAUGGUGCUUGGCUUUAAGGACGGCCUUGUUUGGCAGUCUUCCUGUUAUGAAUUCACCGACCUGACCAGGACUUUUUUUUUUUUUUUUUAACGACAGCUUGGACACAUUCAGCGUGACAGCUGUGUGAAAUUAACGCCUGCGCACCACAACUGAAACAAAAGAAUCUGUAGCACAUAAAACGCACAUAAAAGUAGUGAUAAAAGCACAGAUGAAGAAUACUGAGUUAUCGAUUCUCUGCAAAUUUAAAACCGCUUUGAAAACAGCAGUUUAUUUGGGGCAUGAAGGAAGGGAUUGUUGAGUCUUCCACUUAAGACCAAGGAACAGCAGAGUGCGAGCAGAGCCCGGUGUAUUUCAUUAGGGCUUGAACCAGCAUCCUCUGACUAGACUUCCAGAAGUCUCUAUGGAUCUGGACAUCUGGUGUUAUGGACUGCCUACGUACAAGGGGAGCUUUCUUAAACCGCCUCCCUUACCGUGCUUCAGCACAUCUGCCUCAAAAAUAGCAGGCUAGCGAAACCAGUCCUGGUCCAAGCAUACAUCCUUCACGCAGACCUCAGUUUCAAAACAGGGAUGGAACAGUUAAAUGUUGAACAACCUCGGGUGCCCGAGACUACCAGUGUCUUCUCUCUUUCGGUUUGAACAGUUCUACCGUGGAAGUGAAUAUGUCCAAAAGGUUUUCCGAAUGUCGCCUGGUUUUCAAGGCAGCGUGCCUUUAGCAAAAUCCCACACCAUAAUUUAUAGUGCUUCGUGUUGGGCAACCUCAGCCCUGCCAAUUGUUUUGGGGGACUGAAAAUAUUUGUCCUGGUGUUUCCAUUUGAAAUUAGUGAUCUUGCUUAAUAUCAGACCUUUUAAAUGGAUUACUGACAUGUGAUCAGCACCAUGGAUGUCAAACGCAACAAAUACUCCCAUUUUUUCAGUGGCAUCUUUUUAUAAAGCAUUUUAUAUACGUUUGCAUAUGCAACAUGUACGUGAAUAGAAUAUUUGUUGAACUACAGAUUCUAAUGUUUUGUUUUUCAUGCCUCUUUCCCGAUUUCCUCUGCGCGCAUCCCUUUUGCGAGGCGCACUUAAUCAGCGAGCCCCGUUUCCCAUCUCUUACAAAUUUGUGUGCUUUUUUUCCUGUAGUUAGAAGCCCGGGUAUGGGGGAAUCUCUAGUUUCACUCACUGUUGAGUGUGGUUCUCUGUGUUUUUGUAAACGUUCAUAGGAGUCCCUAUUGAGUGUGACAGAGGUUUAACAGAAGGGGAGGACACUAGUGAAAUGCUUUUGGUCUGUUCCUUUUACAACUGAUAAAAAUGUUGCCUUUUGAUCUUAUAGUGUAGCAGUAUACUGGGUCAGCUUUCUCUCGUGAUGCUGGAAUAGUUCUCACAUUUGGAAAUGUUGUCAUGGGUAUGUUUCAGUAUUGUGUGCGUUUUGUUUCUUGGAUGGAAUGGGCUAGAAAUGAGAGAAAUCAAAGAUGUGUUCUUAAAGUUUUUUAAGAUCCAAAUUGAGGGGCCUUAAAGUACAUUGUUAGACUUUAGACUCUGUUAGCCCUACCUUGUUCUUUCGUUUCUUUCUUGUAUUUCGACUUACAAGCGUGUAUGUCUUGUUUCAGUUCCAAACUUUUAACCAUGUCUUGUAUUGCCUGAAUUAACAGAAAUACAAUAAACUGGUUUAAAUAUGUU